ACCUGUACCGGUUCCGGCUGUGAUUUGUCCUCCGGGUAUCUUGUCCGAUUAAAUCAUGAUGGCAAAAAGAUGCAUGGGAUUUUAAUAUUGCAUCGGUGAUUGCAAUCUGAACGUACAAAGUCUCUUCUACCGUGCCCGCAAAUUUAAUCAGAAAUAGUGCAGUAGUAAUAAUUGCCUUAUCUAACGUAGUGUAAAAAUGUUCGACGUUCCAGUAAUAAUACUACAUUUCGUCUGCCCGUUCUUGUUUAUUCGAUCUGGAAAUGCCAACAUUCGGGCCCUCAGUCAAAUAGUCGAUGUACCGCACACUACACCCCCUCCCGAGACGAACAACGUGGUAAAUAAAAUCCCUGGAACGACGACGAAGUUUUGCAAUGCCACUGGAAAGAUAACCAAGCCAGUGGUCGUUGAUAACUGGGACGUAGAAACAACCCACAACAUUUCUACUUCCAGCUCCCUCACCCUUAAUUAUACUAUAAAUGAUGCGGGGAUUGAAGAUGAUUCAGAGUGGUUAGGUUACUAUUCGUAUCCAGCCGUCGGAGGCGUGCGAUUUUACAUGAACAUCACGGAGAAGGCGGAUUUCUAUUUGAAUUCUUUGAUGAAGACUAGAAGGGGCCUACAAAUACCGGAUUUUGUCGGCGUACACCAGGUCGCUUUGCAGCCAUACAACGCUUCCGUCAAACAACUAGAAGAUGCGCUAUCGGCGGCAUGGUCGAAAAAUCUCGAUGGCACUAGUUCGACAUGGAACCCGGUGCAGAUCAUUUUUAUUGACAACGGCACAGUACUAAGCACCUUAGACGGAUCACCUCUUGUGCAAGUCGUUUAUGUCCUGCCCGUUCGUUCAAAAAUUGGCGACGUGAACACACGGAUUUACUCGGACGACACUGCACUGAAUCAGUUGUCUCAAGCUGAUCAGGAUCCUCCAUCCGUUGAGGAUCUCCAGGAGAACCUUCAAAAAAUUGGAGUGUCGAUAGCCAGUGGUGCAGUCGUGUACGGCUACGCCCGGUUUACGGGCUACCUGAGGCCGGCAGACCAGAGCCAUGUAGCCGACAUGGCCCCCAUGUACAGGGAAUUACUGGAAAUAGCUACGGAAGAAGCAGUCAGGCGAGGUUGUGGCAGCCCGGAUAGCGGUGAUUUGGAUAUUCAGUUUGGCACCACUAACCCGUGGAUUAUGACGUCGCGAGCUAAUGGUUCCUUUUCGUAUUCCACGUUAACGGUAAUCCCGUCUGCGGUGCUGGUGCACAAAACCAUCUAUUUAGGCGAGAUGCCGUAUCUUCCGUUCCAUCACAAGUAUGGAACGCAGUUUUUUGAAUCGCAAUCAGUGGGUCCUUCAUUUAUCAAUGGAACCUUGCCAUGGCCGGUUGACAAAACUUAUUCAUUUCGAAUGUAUGUCAACAUGCCGCAGUCUAACCAGAACAACCCAUUAAACAUACAGUUGUUACCGCGGCUGGAGGAGCAGAUGACUGAACGGCUACAGAAAUCGUUGGAUGGUAACGAUGCUUCACUUAAGGUUGCCAUUACUCUUUGGAAUCCGGAGCUGGUUGGAAACGCUAUCAACUUCUUCGUGUCGGUUUAUGUUCCCGACGGGUUUACCAUUGUCACCGCUGACCCCAGUUUAACAUACGCAGAAGCCAUUUACGACAAACUGCAGGGCCUUACCGUGGAAGUGCCGGUGCCAAGCCUAAAUAUCAAUUUAACGUACAUAUUGCAAAAAUAUCCUUUUGGGGAGGUCAAAGAAACUAUGACAGAAAGUCAAGUGGAGCAGUGGUAUCAGUCUGCCAAACAAAGCAUCAUAAAGGGAUGUACAGCAGGACGUAAUCCUUUUGAACUGUGUCCCGUAAACGAGACGUUCACCUUGUACGUACAGUCUCUGUCCAAACAGCGAGCAUCUGGCCCGUACGAAUUCAGACCUGCUGCUACGUUUGUGAAUUCUUCGCUAGUCCUUCAUGCCGUGGAGCAAGCAUUUGCCCAAGCGAACCCGAUAACGACUGAUGAUAUUACACUGACGAUUACAUUAACGGGACGCGAGGAACUGAAGACUGUUGAAUGGAAUGAUGCGACCAAGUUCGUCUUCGCUGCUACUUAUCCAGGAAUGGAGAGUCAUAAGUAUUGGACUUUAUGGAGAUAUCCAGCGGUCGAAAUUCUCAAUAAAUUUCUGAACGAGACUGCAACGGCUCGAUUAACUACUUCUUGGACGUUCAAGGCGCACUAAUGAAGGGGUUCUACAGUUUCCAUCUACCAGAAAAAGCGUAAAGCUGUUUCUCUACCUCUAGUACUGAUCCAUGUAGCGAAUUCACGAUAUCAAACCUACCGAUAUAAAGAGUCUGAUAUAGGUUACGGAAUGAGUGAUUUAUAUUCAUUCAUUCAAUGGAUCGGAGAAACUUUAAUAUACUUGUACAAGCAAAAUGCCAUUUUCACUUAAACUC